GUCGUGCGCGUCUGUAUGUAUGAAAUGUUAAUUGUUAAACAGUCACACGAAAUUCAAGCACACAAAUCUUGCAUUUAUUUAUUCACAAUAUGUUAGUUGUUCUUUCUAGAACAAUGCUUAACCACCCUGUGUACCUGUACCUGUGCCUUUAACAGCUGAAUGGUAGAUUGCUGUCAGCUGACAGUGUCCAUAAAAACCAGCAAUCGGUUAUCGGUACUUGUAGUUCCUAAGUGGCAUUUAUCAACACUACAGUUUUAAAGUCGUGCGCAACGACAGUUGGCAGAGUAGCGAAUGUUGAUUGUAAAAACAGCAACUGCAAAAACAACCAAUAUAACAAACGUUUGGCCCAACAACAUUAGGGUAGAUAGGUUUAUGUGCCGACAACCACGUGCUGCACAGUCAACCGGAACGGUUAACGUAUUUAAGGGACGGUAACGGUUACAGUUGAAAAUAUUCAAUUGUAGUCUUCAUACCAAAACAUCAGAAGUUAAAUAAAAAUGAAAUUUAUUUCAGCAAUCAUCUGGUUAGCUUGCAUCUAUGCCUGCAACGGUGCAAGUGAGACGAAAAAGAUAGAAGAGCUGCUUUCGGAGAAUACCAAGGAACUAGUCGAGACCAAGCUCAUAAUUAAUCACAUCGACGAUACAAACAAGCAAAUCAAGGCUGGCAUCGAACAACAACAAGUGUGGCUGACUGCCAUUAAAAAUGUGGAUGACCUCUUGGCCAAGUUAAAUAAAUUUCUUGAUGUUAAGUCGAUGGUCGUGCUGGAGGCAUUGAACAACGUGACACUCAAGUCUGGACUGUUCUCGGAGCGUCUGUCUAAGGAUCUGUUUGGUCUGGCACAAUUGCAGCUCUCAACGAAACAACAAAUUAUUGGUCUGGAGCAGAAGAUGGAAGUCUACCAGAAACAUGUGCUCAAUAAUGCCCGAAGCAUUGACAAUAACAUCUUGGAGCUGACCAAAUUGAUAACUCGAGCUGUCUUGCCGCAACUAAAUGGACUGCAAUGCUCUUUCGAUAGCCUGGAAACAUCCCAAAUCAACGUCGAAGUGGAACUCAAGAGUCUGGAACGCAUCAAGGAUAUAAGCGUGGAAACCAACAGUCAGCUGAGCAUUCUAAGCGAGCAGCUUUGCAGCUUGAAUCGCACACAAAAUUCAGGUCUCUCAAUUCUCACAUCUGCCGUAAGGCAACUAAACCCACUGAGUUCCUGGCACAUUGAGAGUGCUCUCCGCGAACUCAUUAUAUCCCAGAAGCGUAUUGAAUUGGACCUGGAGGCGUGUGAGAAGCGUUCGUCGUCGCAAUAUUUCAUUCAGGAUACUAGUCCCGCAUCCUAUCCGGAAACUUAUCAGGUUCAGCCACCAACAGCGCAUCCUCUACCACAUUUACACAAUCAGGGGAAUCUAGUGCAGUCCUGGAACACCAAACAGUCCAAUCAGCAAAGUGCAAAUUCAGGUUCAAGUUACGCUAGUGCCUACGCCAGUGCUCCUCAGCCAAAAACGAAGCCCGCCAAGCCGUCUAGCCCCAGCUAUAAUUAUUAUGGUGUCAACCCGGCAAAGCCCAGCACUGGACAAGCGGUGUCGUGGCAGGCAACCCUACCUUGGGAAAGUGCUACUAACUAUCAGACCAUCGCAGCGCCAUCGCCCAAGCCUAAGUCCAGUCAGUCAGGUUAUGGUCGCAAGAAACCAGCCCCUAACCUAAAGCCGUGUGCCCAGGAGCAAUAUUUACCCAAUCCUCUCAGCAGAUCACCAUCGCCAGCACCCCAAUCCUAUUCCCAUCAAUAUCAACAACAAGGCACUCAACCUGGUCAACAAAUAUCCUGGUAUAGCGUGAACACUCAGCCGGACAGUUACUAAAGGAUAUCAAAUUUACACUCCAAGACGUGUACAAGCCUUUCAUAGGAUUAAUAUAUUUAUUUGUCUUUCCAUUAUAGUAAAAUUUUACCCACACAAUAAAUCUUAAUAAUAAUUCAGAAAA